GGCCCGGCCGGCUUUGGCGUGGAGGAGGGGGGGGAGGAGGAGGCGGACGGCGACGAGUCUGAGGUGGCCGCCCAAUCUGACGUCAGCGCCAGCUGCUGCAGCGGCAGCGCGAGCAGCAGCAGCAGCGGCGGCGAGAGCGACCGCCACGGGGGCGCCGCCGCGCUGCCGCCGGGCUCGCGGGGCGGCGCGACGCGCCGCACGUGCGUGAUAUGCCUGGAGAGGUACAGGGCCGGAGAAAAGGUGUCAGUGCUGCCGUGUGCCCACAGGUUUCAUGCAAAAUGCGUCGGCUCCUGGCUCGCCGUGCGCCGCUUCUGCCCCGUCUGCAAGCGCGACGCGACCGAGCCCCCGCCACAGCUGCCAAGCGGCGGCGCCUCGUCAGCCGCCGCCACGUCAGCCGCCGCCACGCCUGCGCCGGGGACGGCGGCGGUGCACGAGGGGGCCGCGCCGGUCGCGGGUGUGGGCGUGGGUGCCGGGCGGGGGGAUGCAGGCGGUGGCGGCGGAGGGCGCCUGGGCGGCGGUUGGCUGCGGCGGCUGGCCCGCAGGAUGCGCCGCGGCGCGGCAGAAGCGGCGGCAGCGGGGGCCGGUGGGGCGGUCCAGGAUAUAGAGGCCGGCGGUGGCGGCGGCGGCGGCGGCGGCGCGGUCGUGGCUUUGGCCGAGCAGCAGCAGCAGCAGCAACAGCAGCAGCAGCAGCAGCAGCUGGCGAGCGAGCUUACUGCGCCCCUCUUGCCUGGUGGCAGCGCCGGCGCCGGUGGUGCGGGCGCCGUUUGA